AUGGCGUACCAACGCGCCCUCCUCCGCCCGCUGCUCCGCGCGACGUCACGCCAGUCCCUCGUACAGACCGCAAGCAUCACCACAACAUGCCGCCACAACGCCGCUGCGGCCGCCACCUCGGCGCAGCGCGCGACGCCGGCCAAGUCCAGCACGAGCUCCAGCUACGUCAGGCGGUCCCCGGCCUCGAGCACCUCCCGCCCCGCCGCCCCGAAAGCAGCACCCUCGAAGCCGGCGCCGCCGCCCGCGCCAGCGGCCCCUGCCUCCUCCUCCUCCUCUGCCGACGCGGACCCCCUCCCCGACGCGCCGGUGGCUACCUACCCCGCGGGCUCUAUGACCCCUUUUGCCUCCUCUAGCGGGCCUCCCUACCAACCGCAGCAGGAGCAGCAGCAGCCGCAACCGGGGCAGAUAAUCGACUGGUCGACUUCAUACUACGGCCUGGGCACACAGAGCUUCUCCAAGGAGGUCGUCAACAUCCUCCUACAGCCCGUGAACCCUGCCGACGUCGAGGUCAAGGCUGACGGCAUCAUCUACCUGCCCGAGAUCAAGUACCGGCGCAUCCUCAACGCUGCCUUCGGCCCCGGUGGCUGGGGCCUGGUGCCCAAGGGCGAGGUGAUCGUAGGUGACAAGGUCGUGACGAGGGAGUACGCCCUCGUCGCGGAAGGAAGAUUCAUCUCCCAAGCACAGGGUGAAAACAGCUACUUCGCGCUCGAGAGCCUCCCCUCGGCCGUCGAGGGCUGCAAGUCCAACGCGCUGAUGCGGUGCUGCAAGGACCUCGGCAUCGCCUCGGACCUCUGGGACCCCGUCUUCAUCCGCAAGUUCAAGAAGGACUACGCCGAAGAGGUGUGGGCCGAGCACGUCGUGAGCAAGAAGAAGAAGCUCAUCUGGACGCGCAAGGACGUGCCGGUGACAUAUCCCUACAAGCGGACAAACUGA